CGGAAGUUGGUGCAGUGUGAAGUUGUCAGUAGACUGGAGGAGCAGAGGAGCUGUCGGACCGUCGAAAUGAACAAUAUUAAACAUUUAUGAACAUUUAUUAGUUUUUAUUAACGCGUCGACGUGACGUCAGAGUCCGAAAGAAGCCGUGGGUAAAGUGGGGCGCUCUCGGGGCCGCAGGUAGCUGCUGAUGAUGGCGAAGGUGUUUCGCUGUCCGACCCGUCAUGGCUACGCUGUGGAAGUAUCUCCGUUCAUCCCCAACAGAGUGGCCUGCGCUGCCUCCCAGUACUACGGCAUAGCUGGCUGCGGCUCUCUGCUGGUCCUGGAUGAGACGGAGACAGGAGUCACUCUGGUGAGAAGGUGGGAGUGGAGCGACGGCCUGUUUGAUGUAGCGUGGAGCGAAACCAACGAGCACGUCAUGGUCGCUGGGGGCGGGGAUGGAAGCCUGCAGCUGUGGGACACAGCCAAUCACAACGCUCCGCUGAGGGUGGCCAAAGAACACAUACAAGAGGUGUACGCUGUAGACUGGAGUCAAACCAGAGGAGAGAACCUCAUCGUCUCUGGAUCGUGGGAUCAAACCGCUAAAGUCUGGGAUCCCGCUCUUAGCCAAUCACUGACCACGCUCAGAGGUCAUGAAGGGGUCAUCUACAGCACCAUUUGGUCACCUCACAUCCCAGGAUGCUUUGCGUCAGCCUCAGGUGAGAGGACGCUCAGAGUCUGGGAUGUGAAAGCAGCCGCAUGCCGAUUAGCCAUCCCAGCGCACAAAGCUGAGAUCCUGAGCUGUGAUUGGUGCAAAUACGACCAGAAUAUUGUUGCCACGGGCUCGGUGGACUGCAGCGUGUGUGUGUGGGACCUGAGGAACGCCCGGCAGCCUGUCAAUCAGCUACAAGGCCACACCUACGCCAUCCGCAGAGUCAAGUUCUCUCCGUUCAGCGGGACGAUGUUGGCGUCCUGCUCGUACGACUUCACUGUCAGGUUCUGGGACUUCAGCAGUCAGCAGCCUCUUCUGGACACCGUGGAACAUCACUCAGAGUUUGUCUGUGGACUCGACUUCAACCUGCACAUCCCCAACCAGCACUGCAGGACAAACCACACGCACGAGCAACGAAUCAGAGCACCGCUGACUCUGUGUGACAAAGUGAGUGAGAGCCAAUAGAUCAUUCAGGGAUGCCAGAUGAGAACCAUUUACAGGUCUGCAGGUGGUGGACUGUUCCUGGGAUGAGACUGUGAAGAUCUACACACCUGCCUGUCUAUCUGCUGGAACAGCAACAUGAAAGACUUCUGAGGACAUUGUGUUAAUUCCAUUUGUUGCCUGGAGGCUGACAUGAACCUCGAGCUCUUCCUGUCAGCUCGCCUUCUGCAGAUAAAAGUCAUUUCUCCCAGUCUGACGCCACAAACAAAAUUGCCAAUUUUGACUAAACAAUUCAUUAAUUUACUGAAAUAAAUAGAGAACAAGUGAGUCAUUCAGAGCGCGGACAUCAAAGCAACAACAAGGCUGUUUCUGUGAAGUUUUGUCAUUUACAACUCUCUGAAACAGUUUGAACAGUUUGCCAGGCCUUCCUGCAGCGUAUCCCCACAGUGCCUCACCUGAUAUAAGUUAAUAAUAUGUUUAUUAAAUCUUUGCUAAAGUCAGGGUUGGUCAUUUCCUCCAGAUCCACUUCUUCAGAUUCUGGUGUAAAUUGUCUUUAGGUCCUGACAGAAAUUAAUAACUCAGGUUCUCUGAAAAAGGAACAAAGAAAAUCCAUCAUCUGUAUCAGUUUGUAAAUCUGUAAAAACUUCAACCAAUGUCUGCCACGAGGUACCAAUCUUUGGCUUUAGAAGGAGCACAGAGGGAAUGCUACUUUCAAAAUCAUGCUAGUUUUCAAAAAUCACCAACUCUGCCUUUAAGUGCCUUGAUAUGAGAUAUCUAUUUCUAGAAUAGUUAGUACAUCUCGUUUGAGAUGUUUUCAGCCUGUCAUACUGCACUGUAAAGACAGAACUUAACAAUUAAAACAAGAGUUUAUUGUUGGUCCUCCUUUUGGGUACAAACAAGCUACAGUCCCCUUAAAGACACACACACACACACACACACACACACACACACACACACACACACACACACACACACACACACACACAGACACACACAGACACACACACACAGACACACACACACACACACACACAGACACACACAGACACACACACACACACACACACACACACACACACACACACACACACACACACACACACACACACACACAGAGACACACACACACACACACACACACACACACACAGACACACACACAGACACAGACACACACACACACACACACACAGACACACACAGAGACACACACACAGACACAGACACACACACACACACACACACACACACACACACACACAGACACAGACACACACAGACACACACACACACACACACACACACACAGACACAGACACACACACACACACACACACACACACACACACAGAGACACACACACACACACACACACACACACAGACACACACACAGACACAGACACACACACACACACACACACAGACACACACAGAGACACACACACAGACACACACACACACACACACACACACACACACACAGACACAGACACACACAGACACACACACACACACACACACACAGACACACACACACACACACACACACACACACACACACACACACACACACACACACACACACACAGCUAAUCAAUAGCAGGUUUUGGAAGAUGCACGUUGUCUUGAUUUAUUUUCUUAAAUAGCUGAAAGUGUUCCAUGUUUUCCAUUAAGCGUCAAGCAAAGAUGUGAAACUGAAGAUAUCUAUAAAAGUUCUCCCACUUUCCUACAAGAAUAAGAUUAAAUUCUGGCAAAAAUUAAAUGAACUUUGACGGGCUUAAGAAGCAGCCGAGUUCUUCCUCUGCAGUCUAAAUAUUCUGCUCUUUUCUCUUUUCUAAUUUAGAAUAUGUGAUUAUCAUUUGAUUUUUAAAGAUGUCAACAUUUUGUUUGCUUUAACAAGUUGUGUCAACUUUAAAUGAAUUAUGUAAAUCUGUACUUGACUGUGAUCCAUAAUAUCCGUAUCAUUAUGUGUUUCUCCUUCAUCUCACUGAGAUUCUAUUAAACAGGAGAGAAGAAAAAAUGUCAAGUGUGACUAAUUUCAUUCCUGAAAUGUCAUCAGUGUAGAUAUGGGCGUUUCUGACGAUGAUGAUGAUGAUGAUGAUGAUGAUGAUGAUGAGUGUGUGUGGGGCCUUUAAUAAAGGAGGAAAUAUCACACAAAGAUAUCAUCCACAGAAAA